AUGGAGAAGUUUGGACUGAAGGCCCUGGUGCCCCUGAUCAAGCUUGAUGACCGACAGUCGGCCAACGUCUACGACCACUCGAUAACGCUGGGAGCAGAUCUGUCGUCGAUGCUACACUCACUCGGUAUACCACGAGACUCUAAGAGACAUAAAGUGCUUGAUACAUUCCAAUCGCCAUGGGCAGAGACCUCGAGAAGCGAGGUGGAGCCCGGUUUCUUCAUACCAGAUUCCUUUACGAAUAUUCCACAAGUGUUGCAGUCACAAACAACGCCACCAUGCUUCAAUUCAGUGCAGCAGGACCAGCAGCGGGUAGCACUGUUUCAGGACGAGACGCUUUUCUACCUCUUCUAUAAGCACCCCGGUACGGUGAUCCAAGAGCUCACGUAUCUGGAACUGAGGAAGCGCAAUUGGCGCUAUCACAAGACGCUGAAAGCAUGGCUCACUAAGGAUCCCAAGAUGGAGCCAGUAGUGUCGUCGGAUGGGUUGAGCGAAAGAGGCUCGUAUGUGUUCUUUGAUCCACAGAGGUGGGAGAAAUGUCAAAGAGAAUUCCUACUCUUUUACAACGCCAUUAUGUAG